GAUGCUGGUAGUUUAAAAACGUUUACAUGCUGACUUAAUUUUCUAAGAAAACAGUUAUAGUCUUACAAUUAUUCAAGCGACGCAGCAGAACUGAACGCUCGCGUUUUUACCAUACGCGCGUCUUGCUCGCGUUUUUGCAGCGUAGACGCCUGUUUCCUUACAGCCUCAACAAGAAGCGCACUAAAGGCCGGUGAUGGAGUGGCGACCGCAGUCUUCAGUGUGUUGUGAGGCUGCUUACUCAGAAGCACAGAGAUGGAUUGAGGCAGUCACUAAGAAGAAGUUUGUGAGCAGUAAUUUCCGGAGUUCUCUGGAGAAUGGACUUCUGUUGUGUGAUCUGAUCAACAAGAUCAGGCCUGGCGUCGUCAAGAAGCUAAACAGAUUAUCCACACCUAUUGCUGGCCUGGACAACAUCAGCCUCUUCUUAAAAGCCUGUGCAAAGCUUGGACUAAAAGAGGCCCAGCUUUUCCACCCUGGAGACCUUCAAGACUUAUCCACACGUGUGACUGUCAAGCACCAGGAGAGCAGCAGGAGGCUCAAAAAUGUUCUGAUCACCAUAUACUGGUUGGGCAGAAAGGCACAUGCUGAUCAUUUUUAUAAUGGACCUUACCUAAAACUAAAGGCUUUUGAGGGAUUACUUGGCAAAGCACUAUAUAAGACACUAGAGGAUUGCACAUCACUGCAGGGCAGUGUGCGAAACAGCUCUUGUAGAGACAGCUGGUACUCAGAGAAAGAAGAGCUCUUCCCACUACGAGCCGGACACAGGAGAGAAGACUCUCUAGACAGCCUCGACUCACUGGGCUCCAGAACUUACAGCACAUCCUCAGACGCUACACUCAAAGGAAGCAGCGAGGGUUGUGGCAGUGACCCUGAAGCAGAUCUGAGCUUCAUGAUGUCAGAAAAUAAAGAAUACCGCCGUUCACUGGUCGUUGCACCUAAGACCACCACUCAGUACAAUCAGUUCCUGCCAUCAAAGGACAAGCAGUCAGGCUACGUUCCAGCACCAUUACGCAAGAAACGUGCAGAGCGAAAUGACGACAACAGAAGAAGCUGGGCUAGCCCUAUGUACACAGAAGAUGAUGGCACUUUUACAAGUCGUGAGAGGGCAGGUUCAGACCCUUCAUCUAUCACCGGGUUGAAAUCCCAGACAGCCGCUUGCCCGUCUUUGGCCUAUCAGUAUGAGAGCAGUGAUUCGGAUGCAGACCGACCGGAUCCCGACGUGGUUCUAGAUGACCUCGCUAGCCGUAGAUUUCACAGCCCCUCCCCUGUCGCUCUGACCAACUUUGCCUUACCCAUGAGCCACCUGGAGGCAACUGCUGUCCCGUGUACUACCAGGUCACAGGUGGCUGUCAGUAAUGAAUCCCGGCAGACACUGACCCAUCUCAGCAGUCAGUCACAGCCUCUUCAGAGGACUUACAGGAGACCUGUAUCGGCUGGUGUCUGCGUUUAUGAUGACUCUGAGGAAGAGGAUGACGAGUUUGGCUAUGCCGAUCCUGUUCAAGAUGAUCUUUAUGCCCGUAAAGUAGGCCUGACGCCUCAACCGUCUGUAACAGUGCCUUUUGAUAAAUUUCUGCCCAAGUUCUGGACACCUGAGGAGGAUGCACACGUGAAGAAGAUCAAACUGGGCUCCCAGCGCCGGCCUUGGUACAGGAAGAUCCAAGGAUUCAGCCACAAGAAGUCAGGUUCAUCCUCUGAAGAAUCAGACGGUGACGUCAACCCCUGGCUCUCUGUACCUACUUUCUCUCGCACUCAGUCUGAACCCCCUCCCUCUCACUCCCAUGCACCUGAAGGCCUCGCUCAGUCCAGCCUCACUUCCACACUCAGUUGUCAAACACAACCUCUCACAGUUGCUCAGCAGACUGCUGGGCUGCAUAAUUUAAAGCCCCCUGAUUUUUGGCCCAGACCGGAUCCCGCCUCUGGCCCCAGACUCAUAAAAUGUGAAAAGCGUCCCCUCCUUGGGCGUGAACACCCUAACGACCCAUACAACGUUUCUGCCGACAUCCUGCCUGAUUUGGAAAAUGACGAUAUGUUCACACGUCGUACAAAAACCUUCCACUCAAGCGAUGACCUGGCCAAAUUGAAGUAUGGUAACUUCCUGUUGCCUCGCCACAGAUCGAAGGCCGACGUCAUGGUGGUAAUUCAGCCCCGCCACGAGAGUGAACCCAUUUAUCCUGACAUUGAAAAAGACGAUGUGGUUUUUCGAAGGGCUCAACAGCAAAUCAGUCAUUGCCCUCUGUCUGGGGCCCCUGAUAACUACCACCCUGUUCCUAUUCCAGAGGCAUGGGCUUUGCCACCAAAACAGCAGGCCAAGCUGAUGUGUGACCCAGUUGAACCCAGACAGCACCAACCCAAGCCAGAGAUUAAACACGGAGCAGAACAGCACCUGAAGGCAGAUGAUAUGCUACUUAGGAAGCUAAGAGCUUUAAAUACCCAAGGGAAGAUGGAAAGGGAAGCUCCUGGUGUUUCUUUCUCUUGCAGUGAGGAAGAUAUGCAGAAAUGGCAAGCCAUCAGAGAGGCCAGCCAUGUGCGAUACCGGAAGAGGCUGAUGGUGGAGAGACUGCUCCAGAAAAGCUCUAGUAGUGAAGGGAGCAAAUCAGUGAGUGACAUCACCGACAGUGAGAUGAACCUCAGCAACUUGUCGAUGGAGUUGCGAGUUGAAGAGAUGCAGAAGAUGCGUGCUCGGUUGAAGGAUAAUGAGGAUAAGUGGCAAGAUGAUCUUUCAAGGUGGAAGAAUAAGCGCAGGAGUGUGAAUUCUGACAUUGUGAAGAAGAAAGAGGAGAGAGAGCAGAUUGAUCAGAUCUCUUCAGGCGGCAUCAGGAAAUCAAAGACCUUCAAGGAAAUGCAGGAUGAGAGAGAGAGCCGACAGCAAAGCAACUACAGGGACAGCUUUAACUCAAUCUCUGAUGAUGUCUUCGAAGAACCUGUACCCCGAAGCAGAACUCUGCCAGCACGUAGCUACACCAUUGACACUCCUUACGCCCCCAAGGACAAACCUUCAGUACCCUCCAUACCAUAUCUGAGAGAAAAGGAACCUGUCGCUGGCACUCUGGCAUCAGAUCAGACAGAUUUUCAUACCAGACGUGAUCGCUUCAGCCCAGAUAUCCCACUGAAAAUGAAUAACAACAUUGAGGAGAGCCAUACAACGACCCGAAGCCUUCUGGACGAUCCAGUUCCUGCGUUGUCCAGCAGCAACUCCAGCCUGAUCAAGCACACCAGUGUCAGUAAAACCAGCAGCGUUCUCAACAGCUCGGAGUUGAUUAGCAACACUAAGCCAGUCAAGAACUCCAGCGGCCCCAUUAGCUCUUUGUAUAAACCCAAUUCAAUGGAUACAAAGCAGUCUGGGCUGGAUCAAGUUUCUGCCUCCCUCCCCAGGAGCUACCAGAGAUCGGAUAGCGCAAGACUCACCUCUGUAGUCACGCCCAGGCCAUUCGGCACACAGUCCAACCGAAUCACCUCCCUUCCCAGAGUGUUCACGGUGGACAACUCUCUUAAGCGCACAAAUGGAGAGACAGACAGCCUCAAGAAAUCUACAAUUUCCAACCGAUAUGCUCAGUAUGUGAAAGAGGAUGACGAUAUUUCCCAGGAAAGUCCUGUGCAAAGCAGUGACGAAGAGGAGGAAGAGGAGAAAACCCCAUCUCCUGUCCCUCCGGUCAACAGACUGUCCCCCCUGCCCAAAUCUCCAUCCACGCUCAUCCCUUCUAAUGAGGUGGACUACAGUGAGAUGAGGAUCAGCCUGAACCAGAAACCCAACAGCAGCCGGGACUUUGGCUUUCAGAGCGACUGGGACUCCACGGGGGUCCGUGUCAAAUCUGUAGUUCCAGGCAGCCCAGCGGAGCUCGGUCAAGUGAAGGUUGGAGAUGAGAUCCUUACAGUGAACGGCCACAUGGUGGCAGACCUGAGCUAUACUGAGUGGAAGAACAGUAUGGAGGAGGCCUUGCAGCAGGGUAGUCUGUUUAUGGACAUCUGCAGACAUGGCAAGAAUAACUGGGGCAGAGACCUACCUUCCCUUCCAUUUAAAAGCCAUAAGACCAUCAAUCUGACCAGUCUGGAUCCUCUAGGUCCCUCUGAGCCAUACCUCAGCACCAACCUGGAUUUCACAUCCCAACAAACCAAGGAUAUGGUCGUGAAAACUGUGAAUGUCAGCUCACAGUCUGGCAAUAAUUAUGGUACGAAUGGGAUAAAUGGUGGUUUCCAUGAGGAUUCAAAGACUUCGAAUAAUAAAGAAUCCAUUACUUUGAAAAACUUAAAAAGGAGAUCAGAGUUUUUUGAACAAGGUGGAUCGGACACAGCAAUAUCAAAUCUGCCCGUUCCCUCCAUCACUACAUCCACUACCCGGUCCUGGGACCCUGAAGAAGAGCGCAAACGACAGGAGAAAUGGCAGAAAGAGCAGGAGCGUUUGCUGCAGGAGAAGUACAGAAAGGACCAAGAAAAACUCGAAGAGGAGUGGAGAAAGGCACAGCAUGAGCUUGAGAAGGAGAACUUCAAAAAACAUGAGGAGGAGAUGCGGCGUUUAGAGGAAGAGAGGAGAAAACGAGAAGAACAAGAGCGCCUUGAGGAAGAGAAGAAGAAGAAGAGAGAAGAAGAGGAGAGGAAAAAAAGAGAACAGGAUAGGCUGCGUUUAGAGGAAGAGAGGAGGAAGAGGGAGGAGCAAGAGUACCUUGAAGAACUGAGGAGGAAUAGAGAAGAGGAAGAGCGCCUCCUUCAAGAAAAAGAGAGGAAUCGAAGAGAAGAGGAGAGGAGGCGACUGGAAGAGCAGAAGAGAUAUCAGGAGCAAGAUAAGGUGGACUCCUUUGGCUAUCCCAAUGUUUACCCUCAAUUAUCCUACUCACACAGAUCUAUUUCCAAAUCAACUCCAGAACUUGAUGAGGUUGCAAAACCAGAUAUUAAAGCGAGCAGUGGUCUGGGUGAGUUCAGUAGAGACUAUAAGAAAGAGCCCCAGUCUCAGGCUGAGGUGGAGAGGCAGCAGAUCCUUCAUGAAAUGAAAAAGAAGACUUCCUUGAACACAGACAACAGCUGGAUUCGCCAGCAGAGCGCUGCCAAUGUUACCACCAAAGAACUGAUGGAUCUGCCCAUCAGGAGAGGCGAGUCUCUUGACAACCUCGAUAUGCCUCGUUCCUCUUGGAGAUCAUCAUGGAGCACAUCUAACAGCACCGUGUCCAUACCAGACUACAGCCGGCCUCAUUCGUCCCUCUCUGGCUCCUCGUCAUACCAGAGUGGACGUCCAGAGUCUGCAAAUCUGCAGUCAUCUCAGUCCAUGAGCUCCCUCAGGCAGUCCUGGUUCCCAUCCGCAGCUACACCAGAGCCAGAGCCUCGAGCUCCACCACGGAAUAGGUCAGUGAGUGGCAGGAAAAUAUGUUCGUUCUGUAAUACACCACUGGGCAAAGGAGCAGCCAUGAUCAUCGAGUCCCAGGGGCUCUGUUAUCAUUUGAGUUGUUUCAAGUGCUUUAAAUGCAGGUCUGAUUUGGGAGGCUCAGAAGCAGGAGCAGAAGUCAGAAUACGAAACCAACAGCUCUAUUGUAACUCCUGCUAUAUGCGACUCAAAUCUGGGCAGCCCACAGCCAUGUGAUCUCGCAGUACUGCAGCAGAUCGAGGAGGAACCAAUCACAGACAAGGAACUGUAAACACUAGGAGUGUGUUGGAGAUUGAUGAACAUUGGGUGAUUUAGCCAGCUUUGAUUAUUCAAUGAGCUUAUAUUCUUCUUUUUCACUUAUGAGAGGGUGAGAUUCCUAAGGUUUUGUUUAUUUGAAAGUAUUAGUAAUUGUUUGUACAAAAGGGAUGUGCAUGUACCUUGAAUAUGAACUAUGCAUUUGAAAAGAUAAUUAAUACACUGUCUUUUUCAUCAUCACUGAUUGAAUCUUCUGAUGACUUCUGGCUGGUUAACUGAUAUCUGUAUGUUCAUGAAAGUGUUUAUAGUAAUUAAUAGAAAUAUGCUAUUUUAUUGUCAUUGCUUAUUUAGGUUUCUCCUGCAGUCUUUUCUAUAUAAGGGUUUGCUGAAUAAAAUAUCCUGUGUGCUUCAUCUGUGUGCCUUUUUGUGUUCUGAUGGGAAAAGCUGAUUAAGGAUAAAUCCAUUAAGACUUUAUUUAAAAGUGGCAUGGUUAGUAAGCAGCAUUCAUGAUGAGUUAUAUACUCUUUCAUUGGUAGCAUCUAUUUUAUGCAUCUGAGCAAUUUCUCUGCAGGGGGAAAAGAUGAAUCUAGAACAAAAGCAGCGUACUCGGUAAUAAUUGUAAAUAAAAUUUCCAAACUAUAA